UAAGAACGUGUGAGGCAUUAUAAUGGGCCGAGAAAAAACAAUUACUCUCUCAUUUUUCUUUCAUUAGUAACCAAAUAAAAUUACUUUCCGAAAACUAGUGCAAUGAAUUUUAAAUUGUGUUUUUGGGUCUCUUCCUUGGUAAUACUUAGUCAAGUUCUCAAUAUAAGUUGCGCGGCCAAAAAGAAAUUCGAUCCACGAAUCAGCGGUGGUCAAGCAGUCAACUCCACUCAACUUCCCUACGUUGUCGCCCUUCUUUCCCACAACGGCUACGUGUGCACCGGUUCAAUUAUAACUCCUUAUCACGUUAUCACCGCCGCUCACUGCACCUACACUCGCCAAGCCUCCGAACUAUAUAUCCGUGCUGGAUCCUCUUUACGCGAAUCCGGGGGUGUGAUUGUUCCCGUUACUUUCAUAAUAAACCACCCAUCUUUUGAUCCAAACACGUUAGACUACGAUGUGUCCGUCUUAAAGCUCCAACAAGGCCUCAUUUACAGCGAGUUUGUAGCUCCCAUACCUUUAGCAGAUCGGUCCCAGUCAUGGAACCUGGGCACUGCAGCACUUGUGAGCGGUUGGGGGUACACAAAAGUGGGCCAAACAGAGGAUGAAAGACAAUUACAAGCAACGAUGAUUGAGAUAAAAAAUCCGAAGAUUUGUAAAGAGGCGUUGGUUCCUUCUGUUCUUACUCCAAGAAUGUUAUGUGGAGGACUUUUGGAAGAAGGAAAAAAUUCGUGUAAGGGGGAUUCUGGGGGACCCAUGGUUAUCAAUGGGGUGCUGGCAGGGAUCGUGUCGUGGGGGGCAGAGACCAAGUGUGGAAUAUGGGGGGUUCCAGCGGUUUACAGUUAUUUGCCACUUCUAAGGCCUUUUGUAGAUAUUGCAAUCAGGAUUUAAAUACAUUUUGCUGUCUAAAUUUGUUAUUAUUGUGUUCAAAAAAUUGAAAUACCCACAUUUUUGAGGAAGUUUUUUAUUUUUAGGUGAUACAAUACUUAUGAGAAGUAAAAAGAAAUUUAUAGGUGUCUUUUAAUUUUGUUCUGUACACUAUGAAGGUAAUCAAAUACGUCGUUAGUGAACACAAAUCGCUGUGGAAAUAAGAAUUUUAAUCAAUAAAUAUUUAUUUUCUCUUUUAAAUGUAAUUUAGUUUGUAUUAUGAUUUGACACGUGUAAAUUUAGAAUUGUCUGUAUACUUAUUUGCUAAUUUUUUUAUUCAUUUUAUUGAUAUUUGUGUAAUCAAAUGUUGGGCAACAGCUAUUAAUAAUUUUCUAUUCGAUCUUGUUAUCGAUUACUUACUGCGCACUAUUUUGAUUUAAAAUUUCAAGCUAUUUAAAAAUUUGUUUUUGUGACUAAUUUCUCCUAAGGUCAUAAAAUUGUAUUGUCAUUUGUAAUGAUAUGUAGGUGGAACAAUACUUUCCCAACCUAUAUAAACGUUAAUUUUCAUACGAUUGAACGAUUUAUAAAGUGAUAUACACAACAGAAUGAGGUUUUUUGGAAUCAUAAUGCUUUUGUGCCUCCUUGUCGUGGCAAGUUAUGGAGAAACAAAGAAAGAAGCAGAGGAUGUCAAGCCGUCGGAGCCGCCGACUCCAAUACGAAAAGGGGACUAAGGUUCACUACUAAGACAUGAGGUUUAAAUAGUAAUAUGUGCCUAAAUUACUUCUUUUCAAAAAAUAAAGCACUUCAAAAAGGUUAAACAAAUGUUAUUAA